ACCAAUCUAGUGAUAGUUCCUCUCCAUUGGGAUGGCCUCUGUGUCUGGGAAGUUCCGGAAUAGUAGUACAUCUUUCCCAUUUGGAUCCAUCUCUGCUACGGAACCGUGAAUGUUAUCUAUGUGUUCGGACACGCAGUUUGCCAGGACUUGAGGUAGCAUUGAUUUGGAAGCUGCAACAUCAACUCUACUGGCGCACCAUAGCGGAGUUCCAGAAUCCGCUCCACUCCAUAGAUGACAUCAUGUGUUCGAGUCUGCGGUCAGUGGCGGACCUAGAGGUCGGUUCGGCCGACGACUGUGACAAUAUCGAACUGCCCGAACUUCUGCAGAACCUCCUGGUAUCGGUGGAACAUGCCAUUGAAAGGGUGCCUUUAGACGACCUCAUCUUUCCUUGUCCUCAGUGUCUUCAAUAUCUACCUCUAGAAAGACAGGAAGACGAAAUAGUGAAUUGCGCUUGUCAGUGCCUUUGCCGGCUGCCAGACAGCCCGGUCGUCAAAAAAGACAGUUCGAUCCAGACUAGUCCCAUGUUCGAAUUUGUCGGCUCCAUACCUCAUAUCGAUAGCGAUUCUGAUGACGAUAAGGAAUCAACAAAAUCAGGAAUAACAAAUAAGAAGAUGGAAAUUGCAAAACCAAAAACGAUAUCUGAACUUCCAGAUAAACUACUUAUGUCAGGCAUAAACCUUCCAGGGACCCAUGACAACGACAAACGACCAAUAAUUCUCUGCUAUGCGGAAUGUAUAUCAAGGGCAGCUUUAAACAAAUAUGAAAUAGCCAAAUUAUUGUUGUAUUAUACAUCAAUACCCACGAAUGAAUGUAAGAGGAACGGUUUCACCAUCUUGCUGCUGGCUGAAAAUGAAGCUGACUACAAGGUGUUGGAAGUUCUGGAUAAAGCCAUAUGUCUCGUAGGGAAUUGUAUAAAUAUAAAUAGGUUUUUAAUAUGGACUCCAGGGUUGAAACAUGGAAAAGAAGUCCGAACAUUAACUAGUCAUGUAGAGGCCAUUCUAAUAACAGAAGAAUCGACGCUAAACCAGUACCUUAAGAAGAACCAGGCUCCUGCGAGUUGUGGCGGUACCUGUACCCACGAUCAGCUGGAAUGGGUGGAAUUCUUCAAGCAAUACGAACCCUUUGUAGGCGCGUGUAAAACUGCGGGAAAAUAUUUGUUUUCCACACUUUCCCAGCUGAGAAAUGAAGAGAUUCCUCAUCAAAUAACUCGCAGAUUCUUAAACCAUCAGUGCAGACAAAUUACCAAAGCUCUGGACUCCGAAACGGUCCAGAAGCUGCGGAAAGAUGGCCACAAGACCGUCACUAGUCUUGCAGAGCGUAGCCAAUGGCUAGCGAGCAGUCAAGACGUCAAGAGGGGUACCAACGUGGCCUACGACUACUUCAACGCGGUGGAGAGAGUCACUAAAAGAAUGGAACAGCUGAAAAUGGAAAGAAUGGAGAGGCUGAAGGAGUUGGGGAGAUACAGAACUUUGCAGAGUGAAGCUGAAGAGUUACUUUCCUGGAGCAAAAAAGUUGGCGAAGAAACUCUCAACAGUCUAACUUUGCUUCUUCGUGCUUCAGGGGAUUCCGUUGCUGUGAAAGGAGUCGCCAAUAGCUUUGAUGAAUUUUUCUUCAGUGCUUGGAAACAAAUCGAGAAAUCCAUCGACCUAACUGAAGAAUGCAAAAACAUCAAAGACACAAAAGGGCUACACCUAAAAGACAUAGCCGCCAACCUCAACCUCCAAAUGAAAAACUUCAGGGAAAAACUGGAAGAAACUAGAGAACGCAUCGAGGACAGUUCCAGAUGCUUCUUGCUCCUGGAAAGCUGUCACGACAUUCUCGAAGACGACAAUAAGGAACAGGAAGAAUUUUUUAAAUUAGCCCUGCGAAGUGGUAACGAAAAGUUGCUCCAGUUGUGUAAAAGUGCGAAGAAGCCAAACAAUGUAAAGCAGCAAAAUAAACCUCCUGACAAAAAUUCGGAUCCCGAUAAGAGUCCUCAUUACAACAGUAAGGAGAUAAGUGCCUCGAGUACACCGCAGAAGUCACAGAGUAGUACGCAAAUAAGAAGAAGGUCUGUGAGUUCUUUGGCGUACAUUUAUCACUGCAGUCAUCAUGCUGCCGGUGAGAUGUGCAACUGUUGCGAGAGUGAUACGGAAAAUAACAGUAUUUCUUAUAAAUUGAAGAAGAAAUACAUCCAAAUGCAAACUUGUGGAUGUCAGUGUAAUGGAAAAGACACCUUGGAAAGGAAAACGAGUAGUACAUUAGUUGGCAUCAAAGAAGAAAGGGAGAGUGUAGAAAACCUUUUAGAAAAAAUCGAAACUAUAGACAACUGUAGACGAUGUGACAGUGGGUUUUCAACUACAGACAACUCGGUUGGAGAAGACAGUUCGAAUUCCUACGUAAAUCCUAAGAAGAAGCUUCAAAGAACAUGUUCGUGUCAGUAUUAUAGAGAAGGAUGUACUACUUGUUCGGGUACGAGUUCUAGUACAAGCGGUGGUUCCAAUCAGGAUAACAUAGACAACCAACAAGACAGUAUUAUUGAAGAAUGUAGCGAUGGAUUCAAUAAAAGUAGUAGCAGUGAUGACAUUGAAGACGACCAUUACGCUGAAGAAAGAAGAAAAGUACCUCCAGUAUCCGCUAAUAACCAUUUAUACUGCCACGCUUCCACCUUUGACUUGCCAUCCGAUGCCUUAUACAAUAACAUGGAUGCAAAAACACAAAAGACUUUAAAAUUCAUAAUCAAAGAGAUGAUAGAAACUGAAAGAGACUACGUAAAGUCCCUGGACUAUAUCAUCGUGAACUACGUUCCAGAGUUACAAAGGGAGGACAUACCUCAAGCACUGAGAGGUCAGAGAAAUACCGUUUUUGGAAAUGUAGAAAAAAUCUACGAGUUUCAUCGUCACCAUUUUCUUGGAGAGCUUGAAGAAUGCGAAAACAAUCCUUUACAAGCUGGACAAAUAUUCCUGAAAUAUGACAAGAGGUUCUAUUUGUACGCCCUGUAUAAUAAGAACAAGCCUAAAUCUGAUUCUCUAAUGUCCGAGUAUGGAACAACAUUCUUUAAGAGCAAACAAAUAGAACUGGAAGACAAGAUGGACUUAGCCAGUUACCUGCUUAAACCUGUCCAGCGUAUGGGAAAGUACGCUCUUCUAUUACAACAAAUGAUGAAAGCCUGUCCUGCAUCACCAGACAGAGCCAUGCAAGAACUUGAAGACUUAAAACAAGCCGAAGAAAUGGUUAGAUUUCAACUGAGACACGGUAACGAUUUGCUUGCGAUGGACAGUAUAAGGGAAUGUGACGUAAAUUUAAAAGAACAAGGAAGACUGUUGAGACAGAAUGAGUUUUUGGUUUGGGAGGGCAGAACAGGAAAGAAAUCCUUGAGACAAGUGUUUCUUUUCGAGGAACUGAUACUGUUUAGUAAGGCUAGGCGAUUUCCAGACAGAAAGAAUCUUGACCUUUACAUUUACAAGAACAGUAUUAAGAUGACCGAUAUCGGUCUGACAGCCCGAAUUGGAGAAACCCCGACCAAAUUCGAGAUUUGGUUUCGAAAACGGAAACCAAACGACACGUUCACUCUUCAAUCUAUGUCCGAAGACGUGAAGAAAGCCUGGACAGAAGAAUUGUCUCAAUUACUUUGGAAGCAAGCCAUAAAAAAUAGAGCUGUUAGAAUGGCAGAAAUGUCUUCGAUGGGAAUAGGAAACAAGCCUUGUCUAGAUAUACGCCCUAGUGCUGACCAAAUCAAUGACAGAUCAAUAAGUUUUGCUCAGCUUAGCAAAACACCAAGAUUUCGCAACUCCAUUGCAGGUUCCACUCCAGAAUCCUGCAGAAACGUCAAGCGUCCUCACUCGGUCAUAUCCAUGUCCAGCGUGUCGUCCAGUAGCACUAGUUCUGGCGGUUCGGGUGGCAAUUCAGCUAACCAAACGAAUUCCAGUAUGGGAUUUGAUUCAAAUUACGAAAGUCCCAAGUCGUACCAUCGUUCGGCAACGCUUAACAGUCAAUGCUCAGUGGAAAGUGGUAUAAUAGCUGAUGUCUCAGUAGCUUCAGAUGACCUAUCUGAACAGAACCAACACCAAAAUUAGAGAACAGAACCUGCAAAACGAACCUAUUCAAAGUUUUGGCUGUUUUAAGUCAAUCCA